AGUGACUGAAGUGUGUCGUGUGGCAGAUCAGCAGAUCAGAUCGGGGUGUGGCGGGUUUGAAAACAUUGAAACAAAUCAGAGAGCUCCGCAUUUGCUGCCUAACGGCGCUUAUUCAAAAGCCCAGAGAUCGAUUCAAGGACUAAAGGACGAAAACUGAACGGACGAAGAGGGAUUUUGCUUUUUCAUAUUUUCUGAUUCAGUUUCCUCGACUUCUUUAUACCUGUGCACAAGGGGUUGUUCUUAACUUUUUUUUUUUGGCAAAGUUGUGGAUGAGUGGAUGUUGUUUUGUUGGGUUUCCCCUCAUCUGUCCGCGUGAUGUUAAACUGUGAAGUCUGGAUUGAACUUCGUUUCUCUUGGGAUCGUUAAACAUCAACACUUUCCCAUGUGGUGUUCGGAUCUCAAUAUCAAAACUCACGGGUUUCAACCAUUAACGCCUUAUUAAAGAUUAUCUGGACGAUUUUUGGAUUUAAAUAGUGUUAAAGUCACUUCCCUUCUUUGCCUUGCGACACUCAUUUUUCAAAGCCAAAAGAGGAAGUCUUCAGUCACGAAACACUCUUCUUUUAAAUCUCCAGCAGCUUGACAAAAGGGUUAUCCCUUUUCUUUUUUCCUGUUUAAACUAUAGCCCUUAAUCCGUCGCCCUGAAGCGUGCAUUCGGAACCAGAACUAUGGGCUGUACCGUGAGUCAGGACGAUAAAGCCGCGGCCGAGAGAUCCCGAAUGAUUGACCGGAAUCUGCGGGAAGACGGAGAGAAAGCUGCUAAAGAAGUCAAACUGCUGCUGUUGGGUGCUGGAGAAUCAGGGAAGAGCACCAUCGUUAAACAGAUGAAGAUUAUUCAUGAGGACGGUUACUCAGAGGACGAGUGUAAGCAGUAUCGAGCGGUGGUCUACAGUAACACCAUUCAAUCCAUCAUGGCCAUCAUCAAAGCCAUGGGCAACCUCAAGAUCGAAUACGAGGACUCUUCCAGAGCGGAUGAUGCCCGUCAGUUGUUUGCUCUGGCAGGGGCAGCAGAGGAACAGGGCAUUCUACCAGAUGACCUGGCCAAUGUCAUCACCAGACUGUGGGCUGAUGGAGGCGUACAGAGCUGCUUCACCCGUGCCAGAGAAUAUCAGCUCAAUGACUCGGCUGCAUAUUAUCUAAAUGAUAUGGAGAGGAUCGGCCAAUCAGAAUACAUCCCAACCCAACAAGACGUGUUGAGGACCAGAGUGAAGACCACCGGCAUCGUAGAGACACAUUUUACCUUUAAAGACCUGCACUUCAAGAUGUUUGAUGUUGGCGGUCAGCGUUCAGAGAGAAAGAAAUGGAUCCACUGUUUCGAAGGCGUGACGGCCAUUAUCUUCUGUGUGGCCAUGAGUGCAUAUGACCUGGUGCUGGCUGAAGAUGAAGAGAUGAACCGAAUGCAUGAGAGCAUGAAGCUCUUCGACAGCAUCUGCAACAACAAGUGGUUCACCGAGACCUCCAUCAUCCUGUUCCUCAACAAGAAAGAUCUGUUUGAGCAGAAGAUCAUACACAGCCCGCUCACCAUCUGCUUCCCUGAAUACACAGGUGUCAACAACUAUGACGAGGCUGCCGAGUACAUCCGCUCCAAGUUUGAAGACCUGAACAAGAAGAAAGAAACCAAGGAGAUUUACCCUCACUUCACAUGUGCCACCGACACCAAGAACGUGCAGUUUGUGUUUGACGCCGUCACUGACGUCAUCAUCAAAAACAACCUGAAGGACUGUGGGCUCUUCUAGAAAACUAAAGCAGAAAGAUGAUUCGAGAUUUCAGAGGAAGUAGUUGUGGAGGAAAUGUCCUGAGCAUCUGCACUGGCCGGCGACUCCUGCUGCCAUAAGACGACUGAUGGCUCAGAGGAGCCGAAACUAUUUCAAUGACCCCCUCCACUCACACAUGCUGCCCCACCGUUUUGUUUGACAUUUAAAAUCGGUAUUAUUCACUUGGGCCAAGGACCACGAAUCAACUGUUGUAAUUUUCAUUGUCUUUAUGUUGUUGAAUUUCUCUGAUAUUACUGAGGCAACACAAUGUGUUAUAAACUUUAAUUGUACUCUAGGGAAUCUGAUGUGCAAAUUUUAUGACAUUUUAAAUUGCAUAAUGCUUUUUUUUUUUAUAAACCGCAGGUGUUGGAUAUAGAAUAUGAUUGAAAAGGAAAGCGCUUUUUUAUUAUGUUUACAUGACCUCAUUCAUAGCAAGUUGUCCUGCAUGAUAAAAGAUGAAUCAAUAAACCAGCACAAGUAAUCAGUUCACAUCAGCAUAACAUUCCUUUAUAAAUAAAGCACAAAUAGGGAAAGAACUGCUCAAAUGUAAUUGAUAUUUGAUGUGUAUGUAAAAGUAUCUAACAAUCUGUUUCUAUCUUCACGUUCCUCUUUCUAGCAAUGUUUGUGCAUUGACUUCCGUUUACAAGGACUUUAUUUCUCCUGUUAGCCUGCUGUACACACAUUUAUGCUCCAGAAUUUUCACACCUUGUAAGAAUAAAUAGUGAUUAUUAAUGGAAAUUGAAUUGAGAAAAAGUUUUUUUUUUUUUUUUUAAGUAAAGAUUAAAAUGCUUUUGAGAGUCCUAUCUAAUGAUUUAAUUUA